AUGCCUUUUCAAACGGGUCCGAGAAAAGCAGAAAAAGAUGAGAAAGGGAAUACUGUUUAUCCAUGUUUAUGGGUUGGAUGCAAGAAAGCUUUUGGAACUGCUGGACAUGUUCGACGACACGAGAAGACACAUGUAGGAAUUACACCUUAUGCAUGUCCGCAUUGCGACAAGAGUUUCAAUCGAAGUGAUGUGAGAGCAAAACAUGUGUCAACGAUGCACCCUGAGCGUGAAGCGUUACCUGCAGACGAUGAUGGGCCUCCCUCUAAAAUACGCCGAAUGUCAAUUGAUGAGGAUUAUUCAAACAGUCGACGUUUAUCAUCAACCGAAUCUUCUAAUGAUCGUGAUCAAAGAAGGUAUUCGACAUCAUCAGAUCAUCGUAGACCUUCGAUCACAUCAAUAGUAGAAAAUCCAGGUGUCAUUCCUUCAUUUAAUACUUUCAUUUCACCUUUAUCCAAUACAAUACCGAUACCUGUACCUGUUCAAGUACCUAUUCCACCAUCAAAUCAACCAAUCACGAAUCCCAGUCCCAAUCCACUGGAUCAGUUAUGGACAACUCUGCAAGAUCACAAUCAAGAUAUUAAUGGGUCGACAGGCUUAACACCAAUGACAGCUGCUCUGAGUAGUCCGAAUGUGGGAAUGUCAAAUUCAGGUCCAGCGGGAAUGAUGAUGCCUCCUCCUCCUGCAAUCAGUACAGGUACACCUUUCAGUGUCCCUUCAGUCGGUUCAUCGAAUUCAGGUUUCAUAGAUCCUGCACAUUUAAGUGUAGGCACUUCCACUGGCAUGUCGGGAGAGUUCAAUCCAGAUCUUUUUGGCGGAGCUAUACCAUCUGGACCACCGAUAGAUCCAUUUGAUCCAAGCUGGGAAUGGUUCGGACAUGUUUUCGGUUGGGGUUCCGAUGAGAAUAUUGAUUUGGACAUUGGACUUCAAAGUAGCAUGUUUGAAAGAGGUGGUGUUGGACCGAUCAGUUCAACAGAUUCUUUGAGUGCAGCUUGGCUAUUGUGUUCCACUCCAAGAGGGGGAAGUCCAGUGAAUGGUGAAGAUCCGUUCAACGUUAACGGGAAAGGAGGAAAGCCGAUACUGGGUAUGCCUGAUCCCUUUGGUAGAAAAGAAGAUAAUCCAUGGCCAAGUGUAUUCAAACCCAAAGUGCCCGAUCGACCACUAACGUUAGCGGGAGUCAAAGCAUCACCUCGCGCUUCAAGAUCAAGGUUAAAUCCCGAAGCGAUAUCAGAGACAUCUAGAAAUGCAAUGUUAUCAUUGAUCUAUUUAUCACAUCAACCGCAUUGGUUAAUGCCUGAUGUAGACGAUUUCCCAGACGCUGAAACAAUGUCUGAUUUUGUGGAUUUAUAUUUCGAAAAAUUCCAUCCACUUUUCCCUAUAGUACACAAACCAACUUUUUUCAAUGGAGAUACACCCGCUGUUUUAUUGUUAUCUGUUGCUGCUAUAGGAGCUACUUAUGCAGAUAAAGAAUUUGGUCCUUUGGCAGUAGCAAUGUGUGAAUUAGUCAGAAGGAUGAUCGCUUGGAUGAGAGGGAGUGACCAAAGAGCCAAAUUCGAUCGAAAUACACUGUUAGCUUUCCUACUUCAAACAGCUUUGGGUAUAGCUUGUGGAUCAAGAGAAAUGUAUUAUCAUGCCGAAAUCUUCAGAUGUUCUAUAGUUACUACAUGUCGUCGACUUCAUUUGCUCAGAGGAAUCGGAUCGGCAAUGAACGAUUUAUACGCUAAAGAAGAGAAUCCGACUGACGAGCAGAGAUAUAAAGCUUAUAUGGAAGAUGAAACCAAAAGACGAUUAGGCUGGGGUGUUUACUACGUGGACUCUCAAAUGGUCGCUUUGCUUCACAUACCAGCUGUCUUCGCUGUCAACGAAGCUGGAAUUCAUCUCACUUGUGAAGAUGUAUUGUGGGAAGCGCCAGAUGCCGAAUCAUGGGCAGCAGCAAUUGCGAAUGGGGAAGCAUUGGAUCCACAUACCACUCGACCCAAAUUCCUUAAAUUGUUAGCGAAAUCCUUAUCGGGCGAAGAUGUCGGGGAAAGAUUGGACGAUUUAGGUUGCGCCAUUAUAUCGCUUACGGUUUGGCGGAUGCUACUGGAUCAACAAAUGUUGCAAAAAGCUUUAGGAGUCGGAUUAACAGAUAACGGAAUGGAUAAACCUUCAUAUACACAUGAGGCUCAUGUCUUAGAAACCAAACCCGCCCAUUUGCUACUCCGCUUAGCUCAGACGGCUUACUUAUCGCCGUCACCUACACACUUGAGAUUGACUCCAGCGGCAUUGUACCAUUCUGCGAACAUUCAAUUUACAAGACCUGGUUUAAUGGAUCGUAUAAGACAUGUGUCAGGUAAAUAUGAACCUGACAUGACUACGAAAGGGUCUUUGGGCUGGCUGAAAGCUUGGAUGAAAGAUGGUAAAGAAGUCAGGAAAGUCCUUUGGCAUGCAGGUGUGUUAAAUGCACUUCUGGCUGAAUUCUCAAGAGGAUCUUUCGCGGAGCUGUUUUGGACAUUUGAUUGUGCACUGGUAGUUUGGGCUGUAGUCAAAUACGCUCCUCACCAAAUAACCAAUACUGGUCUGAGAUCAGCUUUAUUCGCUGCGAAUUGGUUUGAUACUACUCCACCAAAGUUAUGGAUCUCACAUGGAGGUGAAAUCGUUUUCCCUUUUUUGGGUUCGUCAGCCACUUGGACCGUCUCAUCUCUACUUGAAUUAUUCAUGAAUCGAUUAGAAUCUAUGCCGUGGGGAUUGGCAGUCCAGUAUCGUUUAGUACUGAACACAUUGCUAGAAGCUGAAAAGGCAGGUAAAGUGUUAUCCGUUGAUGGAGGUAGACCAAGUAAGAAAUAUGGCGAAGGUAAAGAGAAUUAUGAUGAGAAUGAUGGACGAUGA